GAGCUCUUCGAGAGCAAUUCCCCGUUGGGCCUCGCUAUGCACCGAUACCCCGACUUAGCGGUGCUGCUGAUGCAGAAGGGCGCCAGUACGGUCCCGAAGGUCGUUCUCUUCGGAUCGGCGGAGGUCAACUCUGAGCUUCACACGGGCGAGCAAGAGACGAUCUUUUCCUUGGCCAUCCGCCAGGCAGCAGUGUGCAGCCAGAGUGUGAGGGCGAGCUACUUGGGCGCGGCCAUCAGUUCGAUGGAUAGCGGCUUCCCUCGCGAGCAGGCCCUCACCGACACGAUCGCAUCGCAGCAAUUUGUCAUGCUGCUGACGUUGAUCCCGAAGGUUGGCGUUGAGAUUCUGCGGGAUAUGCGUUCCACGGACAAUCAAAGUUUGUUGCACAAGGUGGCUGCGUGCAAAGACGUGAAGCGCCGCAGUGGGUCUGCAAUGCAGCAGCAGGAGCUGCUACGCAAGAUUUUGAGCGAUGGGGCCUCGAUGCAGGAGGUGCAGGAUCCCUUCCUCCGAGCUGCUUCGAAGCUACUGGAACGAGGUGUGCUUCUCACCGCCGACAGCAAUGGCCGCACCCCGCUGCACCUCGCUGCGGGAAACCUCCACGUGGACCUCGUGGCUCUGAUGCUUGAGUGCGGCUCCGCCAGUGCCGAGCUCGUGCAGGCGGUGGAUGCGGAUGGAAGGACUGCGCUUGGAUGUGGCCUCGGAUGUGGCCUCGCCGGUCCCGUUUCGGGGCCGGCACUCCGGAUCGCCAGCGAGCUCAUCGCUCGGGGCGCAUCGGCCCGCCGGGCGAUCGUAGACGUGGAGUUGCGCUGCCCCGCGCUGAGCUGGUGCAUACUGGAGGAGGCGCCGCCAGUGGUUCCUCCGCCGGGCAAGAGCUGGGUGCAGGUCCUUUUCUCAGGCGAGGCCCCGGACCUCACCCUUCUUGACAAGGACGGAGACUCUUGCCUCACGAUGGCGGCCUCUGCGCCAAGCUACUCGGUCUCAUACCUUCGGCUCAUAAUGCGCUGGGCAGAGGCAGCAGGCGGUGAUGCCAAGCGCGGGUUAUUAUUGGGCCGAGGUCGUGAUGGGAUGACAGCGCUGCAUCUUGCUGUCUGCAAGGGUAACAUGGGCUUUGUGAGCGCCUUACUGGAGCAGGCGGAGCAGGUUUCGCGCCAUGUCCUCCGCGAGAUGCUGAAGGCGAAGGACAGCGUCGGGAGAACAGCCCUCGUCGACGCGGUGCAGUGCUCCGAAGCAUCGCUGUGGAUGGUCUGCCUGCUGCUUCGGUGGAUGGACGACGAGACAGCGGCUGCAGUCUUGCCCAUGGCGGACAACGAGGGUCACACAGCACUCAUGUACGCCGUGAUGAAGAACGACACCAAGCUUGUUCGCGCUCUCCUUGCCGGCAGGCCCUCGAAGCCAGAGGACUUGCAGGUGAAAUGCCCGCCUGGCCUGAUGGCCGGGAGCCCGUACAUGGCAGCCCUCGAGUGCGGCGGGCCGCCCGGCGCGGUAAAGUACAGCAGCUGCAGCUGGCUCGACGACGGCGGCAGGAUGGCGGCCGCUCCUCUCCUCACCAGGGAUGCCGACGGCUGGCACAGUGUGGACGCCUUCGCAGAUCCGCUCGCACCAGCAGUGCGGGGCGCCCUGCCAAACUCCACCGAGGUGACGUGCCUGGAGGCAGGCACGGCGAGGCUGCUGGUCCAGUGCCACCUGGGGCAGGUGUGGGUGCGGAGGCAGGACGUCUACAGGAAGGGCGCCCCGCCUCCCGCACUGCAGAAGCACUCCACGCUGCAGUACUCCUUCAAGGCGACGAUCCCGGCGGGCGUCGGCCCCGGCGUCAGUUUCACCAUCACUUCGGGGGACUCUCCUGGCAGUCCUGGCAACCCGGGCCUCGCGGGCAGCUUUGCGGGCGAGGGAGCGUCCAGGAUGCCGGCCUCGGCGCUCGGCGUCCAGAGCUCGGGGGGCUUCUCGGCGCUGCAUCUCUGCAUCCAGCCGCUGGCCUUCGGAUCCUACGAGAACGCCGAGAUCCUCGCGGCGCUGGUGCAGAGCGGAGCGUCGGCCGACCUGAAGGACGCGAGCGGCAGGACGGCCGUGGACCUCGCAUGCAGCCAGCAGAGCGGGCGCAUGCUGAGGUGCCUCCAGGAGCUCGGGGUGCCGAGCGCGGCGGGCCGCACCGUCUGCGGCGGCAGCGGCGGCGGCCUCGGCGCGUGGCCGGAGGCGGUCGACGUGGCGGCCGACUCGGCCAGAGCCCUGGCGGACGCCGCGGAGGCGGCCGAGCGACGGGCGGGGGGCCCGCCAGAGCCGCCGGUGGAGCGCUUCUUCCAGAAGCCGUCCCAGGCGAGCGACGUCGUCGUGGCGCGGGGCCCGGACGGGAGCCCGCUGGACCUGGUCAUGACGAAGGUCGACCUCAGCAGAGGGCCCCUGCCGCAGAACGUCUUCUACAGGAUGCAGGUGCUGCACGAGCGCAACCAGAACAACUACUUCCUCUUCACGCGGUGGGGCAUGAUCGGGGACAGUGGCCAGUAUCAGUCGACACCGUUCGAGUCUUUGGAGAAAGCGUCCGCGGACUUCUGCAAGAUCUUCAAGAGCAAGUCUGGCAACGAUUGGUCCGCCAGGGCCAACUUCGAGAAGAAGCCGCUGAAGUACCAGCUCCACGACCUGAAGUACCCCACGGUGGGCGUCCAGGACUCCGAG